AUGGCAAGCUGGUUAAGGCAAAAUUUAUUGCUGGUGCUAACAAUUAUUUCUGUAUUAUUGGGUAUUCUACUGGGCUUCUUUGGACGAUUGUUAAAUUUGACAGUCCAAUCUAUAGUACUGGUUAGCUUUCCGGGCGAAUUAUUUAUGCGUAUGUUGAAACUAAUGAUUCUACCGCUUAUUAUCAGCUCGCUAAUUUCAGGAUUAGCUCAAUUGGAUGCAAAACAAUCUGGUCGUUUGGGUUUCCUUGCAAUAUUUUACUAUUUUGCUACUACUCUUAUUGCUGUUGCCACGGGCAUAUUUCUCGUAUUAACAAUACAUCCCGGUGAUCCAACAAUCAAACAUGAUAUUGGUGAAAAUAUAGAAACAAAAACAGUCAGUACUCUCGAAACAUUCCUCGAUUUAUUGAGAAAUACAUUUCCGGAAAAUAUUGUACAAGCAACAUUCCAACAAGUGCAAACGAAAUAUAUUCCGGCGAAAUCAAAAAUUACUAAAAAGAACAAUUCUGAAAUCUUACAAACAAUUACAAACGGUUCUCUUGAUGUUAUGAAACCAUCGGUUGAAUAUACCGAUGGUAUGAAUGUUCUCGGUGUAAUAGUAUUUUGCAUAUCAUUUGGAAUAGUAUUAAGCCAACUUGGUGAGCAGGCUUAUACUGUGGUUAAUUUCUUCUCCAUACUGGAUAAAGUGAUUAUGAAACUUGUGAUGUAUAUCAUGUGGUAUUCACCAAUUGGAAUAAUGUGUUUGGUAGCUGGAAAAAUUUUGGAAAUUGAUGAUCUAGCAAAUAUAGCACGAAUGUUGGCAAUGUAUGUGAUAACAGUAUUGCUAGGACUUAUCAUUCAUGCAUUGAUCAGUUUACCACUUUUAUUCUUUAUCUGUACCAGGAAGAAUCCAUUUACUUUUAUGCGAGGUUUGCUACAAGCAUGGCUUACCGCUCUUGGAACAGCUUCAAGUUCGGCAACUCUUCCUAUUACAUUCAAAUGUUUGGAAGAAAAUUUGGGAAUUGAUCGACGAGUGACUCGAUUUGUAUUACCUGUUGGAGCAACUAUUAAUAUGGAUGGUACAGCAUUAUAUGAGGCAGUUGCAGCUAUUUUUAUAUCCCAAAUAAAUGGUGUUGUUCUAUCAUUUGGCCAAGUUAUCACCAUUAGUUUAACGGCAACAUUGGCAUCUAUAGGUGCAGCAUCGGUACCAUCAGCUGGUUUGGUUACAAUGUUAAUCGUUUUAACAGCGGUUGGUUUACCUGUAAAUGAUGUUUCCUUAAUUGUGGCCGUUGAUUGGCUUUUGGACCGCAUCCGAACAUCAAUUAAUGUGUUAGGUGAUGCAUUUGGAGCGGGAAUUGUUCAUCAUUUCAGUCGAAAACAAUUAGCGAUAACUGAUGAUAAUCGCCGAUUAUCACAUCAAGAGUAUGAUGAACAUGGACAAUUAUUGGCAAGUUCAAAACGAGGCAAUGGUCCAGCAUGGAUAAAAGAUCCGAAAUCGUUGCGAAUCAUUGUAGAUCCUUGUCAACACAAUAUUAAAAAUGAAGCAAUUUAA